AGAUUGAGAGCCAAAAUUCCAAAGCAGAUAAGAAACAACUAGCAGUGAAGUAUGGAUUGGUUAAGCCAGGACCAUUAAGGAUACUUAAUUGGGACCGGUAUAUCCAAACACCACAAGAUGUAUACUAUUCUUUGGCUGGAAAAGCAUGUAUCUUUUUAGAGGUGAUAUUUAAUGUGUUUAAUCUAAAUGAUGAAAAUGCUUUUCUAAAACAUUGGAAAGAUGUAGAGAAAUCUACCAAUUGGUAUCGAAUGCCUAAUCCCUUAUGA